AUGGAUUUAUUGAGUCAGUUUCAAUUUAGUCAUCCUUCUUUAUUACGUUCAAAUACGUUAUUAAACCCUGAACAAGCACCACAAGUAUUGGAGCAUCCAAAACUGAUUAGAAGUAUCACAAUAGACCGUUGUUCGAAUUUCAUUAGUGCGGGUGCCAACGGUAAUGAUCUCAAUUUACUCUCGCAACUGUAUCGAGCAAGAACAAAUUCAGAGGAAUACAUUUCCUUGUUAGUCUAUAGUGUACCUGAUUUAAAACGCAUUUCAUUUCAAGAAGCGAUUCAACAAGAAUUCAGACCGACUCGACUAGGUGAAUGGUUUGGUCCUUCUUGGUCUACACAUUGGUUUCAUGUUCAAAUUCGAAUUCCAAAUGAAUUUGUGGGUGAAGAAGUCUUGUUUAUAUGGAAUGCAGAUAAUGAAGCCAUGAUCUGGAGUAUGGAAGGAGUGACAUUGCAAGGCUUAACAGGAGGAGCGGGGAAUGAUGCACGCCAUGAAUAUAUCUUGACAACUCAUGCAGAAGGUGGAGAGAUCAUUCAGUUUUAUAUCGAAAUGGCUUGCAAUGGCAUGUUUGGUGCUGGCAAUGGAUUGAUUGGCCCACCCGACCCAAAUCGUUUUUUCAAUUUAAAUGCAGUGGAUCUUGCUGUGCCUAACAAGAUAGCAUGGGAUCUACUGUAUGACUUUCAAAUUAUUUUGGGUAUGGCAAAGGAUUUACCAGAAGAUUCGUUAAGAGGAUCACAAGCCUUAUAUACAGCCAAUCGUAUCAUUAAUCAAUUUAUCCCGGGAGAUGAUGACAGUAUAACUCAAGGCUUAGAGAUAGCUCAGUCGUUUUUAGGAUCAAAGAAUGGUGAUGCACAACAUGAGAUUAUUGCUGUUGGUCAUUGUCAUAUUGAUACAGCUUGGUUAUGGCCAUUUGAUGAGACUAUUCGAAAAUCAGCACGGAGUUGGUCUUCUCAGAUCAAUUUGAUGGACAGAUAUCCUGAUUAUAAGUUUAUUUGUUCUCAGGCACAACAGUUUGAAUGGGUCAAGGAACGUUAUUUGCCCUUAUGGGAACGUAUUCUUGAGAAAGUGACACUAGGACAAUUCUUACCUACAGGAGGAACAUGGGUAGAAAUGGAUACCAACAUGCCAAGUGGUGAAUCCCUCUGUCGACAAUUCUUACUUGGACAGCGCUUUUUUGAACAAAACUUUGGAAGACGAUGCAAAGUGUUUUGGUUACCAGAUUCAUUUGGUUAUUCAUCUCAAUUGCCUCAACUGAUGUUAUUGGCAGACAUGAACUACUUUUUUACACAAAAACUAUCUUGGAACAAUGUCAAUAAGUUUCCAUUGACUACAUUUUGGUGGAUUGGUCUUGAUGGAUCAAAAGCAUUGACUCAUAUGGCACCCUCAGAAACAUACAAUGCUCAAUGCACACCUGAAGAAUUAGUCAGAAGUGUGAAGAAUCAUCGUGAUAAAGUCUAUUCGAAUACCAGCUUACUUGUGUAUGGUAAUGGCGAUGGAGGAGGUGGUCCAUUAGCCAGUAUGAUUGAAAGACUCAGAAGAAUGAAAAAUGUGGAUGGAUUGCCCAAGACAGAAAUGGUACUUCCCUCCUGGAAAGGCGAAUUGUAUUUUGAAUUACAUCGAGGCAUCUAUACAACACAAUCCUUUUGUAAAAAACUCAAUCGAACAUGCGAAUUCUUACUAAGAGAUAUUGAAAUGUUGGCUACUUUUGCCAUGAUGGCUUGGCCUGAUACAUUUCAAUAUCCAGCUACAGAACUUGAAGAGUUUUGGAAACUGAUCUGUUUACCUCAGUUUCACGAUGUCAUGUCUGGAUCGGCGAUUGAAUUAGUCUAUGAAGACUGUCUGCAGAUGUACACCAAAGUCGAUGUGCUCGGUAAGCAGAUGCGACAUGAUCUAAUGACAACCUUAUUGGGUCUCAAAGAAGGAGAAGAAGAAGAAGAAGAAGAGGUAUCGACUGGAUCUACUUCAUUAGCUGUGAUCAACACCUUACCAUGGGAACGCCAUGCGAUUCUUGAAGUGGAGGAUAAUCACGGAUUGUCUGGUAUGAAGCAAUACUCUGCUUUUGGUAGAACAGGCUAUGCUAUAGCCACAGGCAUCACGGCUUCAGGUGUAACUUGCUUGACAUUAGAAGAAUCCCUCGUAGGUUAUGAGCCUGUCAAGGUCCAGACAGAUCGACAGAACAAUGUGGUGAUGGAGAACCAAUGGAUCAAGGUCACUUUUGAUCAAUCAGGCCAUUUGGUUCAUUUGUUUGAUAAACGCGUAGAGCGUGAAUUGAUCAAGGAAAACGAGCGUGGCAAUGUGUUUCGCAUGUAUGAAGAUAUACCCUUAUUUUGGGAUGCUUGGGAUGUUGAGAUCUAUCAUCUAGAGAAAUACCAGACAAUUGAGGCAGGUUCAGUUCAGAUUCUAGAGCAAGGACCUUUGCGUGCGUCUGUUUUGAUUGAAAAGAAGAUCAGCAAGACAAGUCGACUCAGGCAGAUUGUAGUCUUGACAGCUGUGUCUCGACGCUUGGAUUUCGAGACUGAAGUCGAUUGGAAUGAGAACAGGCAGUUUCUAAAAGUCGAAUUUGCUUGGGAUAUCAUGACAGACCAUGUAAAUUAUGAAUGUCAAUACGGUCAUGUUCAGAGACCUACGCAUGACAACACCAGUUGGGAAGCAGCCAAGUUCGAAGUGGUGGCACAAAAGUUUGCAGACAUGUCAGAGUACGGGUAUGGUGUUGCUCUUUUGAAUGACUGCAAGUAUGGUUAUUCAGCGCAUCGUAAUGUGUUGCGUCUCUCUUUGUUACGUUCACCUAAGGCACCUGAUUCCAACUGUGAUGUAGGUCACCAUUCGUUUAAAUAUGCUAUUUAUCCUCAUGAACAACACUUUCUACAAUCGGACGUGGUUCGAGAAGGUUACAAUUUUAACUCGCCUUUGUUGACAAGAAUCAUACCAAGAGCCAAAAUGACAGACAUUAACGAUUGUAUGCCACACUUUCGAAUUGAAAAUGCGCCUAAUGUAGUACUGGAUACUAUCAAGAAGGCAGAAGAUUCAAAUGAUAUUAUUAUUCGACUUUAUGAAGCGUAUGGUGGACAUGCAAGAGCUCGUUUGAUGAGUUCCACAGUGGUAAAAAAGGCGAUCAAGUGUAACAUUUUGGAAGAUCCUUUAGAAGAUAUACCCAUCCAUCAUUCAUCCACACUCAACAGAACAUUCAGUACCAAUUUGCGUGUGUUGGAUGACGAUGUACUAGAACUACAGCAACAAGAACAAGAGAGACAAAAGAAUGAAGGAUUGCUUAUUAAAAUUAAACCAUUUGAAGUAGUGACACUUAAACUCAUCUAUUAA